AGAUGACCUCGAGGAUAGUACAUGCUUAAGAAAAUCAUCUUCAAUUUCAAGGGCUUAUAUGUGGAUUAUUUGUUAUGGAGAAUGUUUAUUGAACCUCCUAUGGCUGUUUUUGUUUGCUUUGGUGAUUGGCAAUGCAAUUUGAUAUAGCUGUUUAGGAGGAUGCCCUUGUACCUUGGGAUGGUGGGUAUUAUUUCGAGUUCUGUGGUUUUUUUUACAAACGUUUUUAGUAUGGGAGGAAAAUGUAAUGGGAAAUGGGAAGUGUUGACUCCUUAUGCUGCUCCCAAUUGUUGCCACUCUUGGGCUUCUCUUCCUUUGUUUUGCUUUGUUUUGUUUUGUUUUGUUUUGUUUUAUUUUUAUUUUUUUGUUUUUUGUCAGUGUGUGUGUUUUUACCUUCAGGAGGACUUUUAUUAUUUGAUGAUUCAAUAUUCCAUCCAAUGUUGCAGCUAGUGACGAUGACUGUGAAGUGGCUAUAUGAUUACUAUUAUCAUAAAAAAAAAAUACUAAAAGGGCAGCUCAGUGCAUGAGUCUGUUUCCAAGAUUUGGACCCUGGUCACCCAAGUCGCAAUGGAGCAGCCUAACCAUUGCACCAAGGUCCACCCUCGCUAACAUAAAAAAGUACUAUCUUUAUAUCAUUUAAACAAUUUCUCCAAUUGCAACAUCUUACUCAGAGAGAAUCUGAUUUGAUCAUAUGAUACGAAGCAUAUCAGUCUUCCUCUGCUCUUCAUCUUUUCUUCUUUGCAAUUGAUUUCUACUGAAAUCUCUAUUUAAUGUAGUGUGAUUUGAUGUAGCUAGGAUUUAGGUUCUGGCAUCAAGAUUUCUUUUGUACUUCCAAACUUAAAAUCAUGGUCGUUAGUUGUUUUCUUGAGGUUAUAACUUUUAUACAAGAGUUUCUUAGUAUUGACUUGCCUAAUAAUUUAGUUCUUUCUAUUGGAUUUUGUUUUUGAUAGGUAACCUCAAUUCAUUUCAUUAAUAUAAAGAAAUAUGUACAAUAAGGAUCCAAGAAAAGGGGUAAAAAACCCCCUAGAAAACAGCAAUUACAAACUGAGCCCAGUAGAAUUGCCCCUUAUUUACCCCUUGCUUAGGUAAAGAAUUAGCCAGUCCAUUUGCAUCCCUUGGAGCCCAUUGAAAUAGUAUUGUCAUUUUUUUUUUCUUUUUUUGAUAGCUAACUUUAGAAAAAAUUUAUUAUGAAACAGAGAAUAUAUAUACAUACAACCAUCCCAAAGAGAGAUACAACUAAACAGAGAAUAUAUAUACACAUCCCACCACUUGAGUGGAAUUUAGAUAGUGGGAUCUGCUAAAUAUCUUUUUUUUUUUUUCUUUUCCCGUAUACUUUUAUUGGAUCUUGGUGGCUUUAAGAUGGGACUGAACUGAAAUCUGAAAUGUAAAACCUUCGCUACCCUCUUUUGGAAACAAUACCCAAUAUAGAGCCAAUGAAUGGCAAGUCCACACCAAACCAAUAACUCUUGAAGAAUUUUAAAUUCCAUUACCACACAAAUACAGCAUCAUCAACAGAAGCCAUGGAAAAAGUUCAUUAAUGGAAGUUCAGCAAUCACAAAAGUCAAAUUUCAGAAUUAAGCCACAUGAGUUCAUGUAGGAUUUCAGUAAAAGGAGACUCAUUUCUCCUACAUAGUGCAGACAUUUACGUACGAUCUUUUCUUUCAUUGUUGUUUACAACUUUUUUUAAUUGUCCAUACCUUCACCAUUUGUCAUUAUCUUUGGUUCAUUCUGGUUCAUUCUCCAUAUUCACCAUUCUGGUUUUCGUAGCAAAGGUUUCAAUACAGUCAUUUUGAACAGAAUGUGGGAAUGGGGAGAGUACUUCAACAAGGUGGGAGCUAGCACAAAAGUUUCUUCUCUGUUUUUCUAUUCCAUGUCACAAAUCUCAUUGGUCUCCUCUAGUUUCUCACUUUCUCCUCUGCAAUGCUUGUGCUUUCUUGUCCUUAAUGUGUAUAUCUCUUCCAGGUGACAACAUCUCCUGAUUUCUCCUCUGUUGUCUCCUUACCUAGGAAGCUUGAAGGAGUUGGUUUCAGCUAGGAUGGCUCCUGACUAGAAGUCUAUACACUCAUUGAAAUAGAUGAUGUGGAAGUACAUAGGGAAGAGAAACAAGAAGCAUAGGAGAAGAGAUGGUUGCUGGUUAAUCACUUUUGACAUGACAGCAUUUGAACUGGACUUGAAGAAAAAUCAUUUAUUCAGAUGCACUGGAUCCGGAGUGAUAUAUAAGUGAUCAUGCAAUAUAUUGUGUUGUAUCUAAAUCUGUUGAAUGACAAUAAAAGUGAAAUCAUUAGUGAUGGCAAGCACACGGGCUCAAAGGCAGUUGAUCCUUCAAGAUGAAAAUCUGGGCAUUUUCCAUAAAGGGCCUGCUGUUGAUGGGAGGAACAUAAGUUCUAAAGUAACUAUCAAGAAAGGCAAAGGGGGCUUUGGCAACCGGAAAGCUCUUGGCGACAUUACCAACAUAUCAUGUCCUCAAAAGGAGACAUCAUCAAAGAAGAAGAAUCAUCCAAAGGUUGAGUUCAAUAUAGCCGAGGAAGCAUUUCUACAUGACCACAGAAAAUGCACAGAGAAGCAAGAAGCAGCAAUGGACCAUUAUUUUUUGGACGCAUUUCUUUUAGAUCAUGAUUUAAUUUCUCCUGCCAUAUCCAUGAAACCUAAACAAGCAGAGACUAUGUUGAAGAGUCCUCCUUGGUUACUGGAAUUGGAGCUGGAGCCAGAACUGCCAGUGCCUGCAUUACCUGUCUGGUUGGAUUCUCCAAUUCAAUGGAACACUCCUUCCUCCCCUUUGCAUUUUGAGCCAGUCGAAUUUAGACUAAAGCCAGAUGAUGAUAUCAGUAUUGGUUCGUAGGUUGCUCUAAGAAUUUCUGCUUGGCAUGCCAUAGUGGUCUCUCAGUCAUGAAUGGCUAUGAGCUCAGCUAUCACUUCAAAUUUAAGCCCCAGCAACUGCAGAUACUAACUUAACAAUCUCUUUUGCCUUGUCAUGAACCGUGCAUGGCACUUUAGCAUUUUGAGUAGAAGCCAAUAUUACAUUUCAAACUUGUGAUCUUUGAACCUUCAUUAGAUCCAUAGAAUCAUGAUAAGAUUGAUAGGGUUCAUUUAGAAACGUGAGUAAAAAUGUCGUCGGUCAAUUUUUCUUAUUUGUGAUUUCCUGGAAAUUAUACAAAGAGACCUUUUGUAUUUCAUACCUAGAUGGGACAUAAUGCAGAUGUUGCUUUGUAUGAAGGCUUUUUUGAGCA